UUUCUGGUUCGACUACAAGACGUGCGUGUUAUCAAGCGCUGAUGCGGAAAGAAUAGAAUAGAAUAGAAAUUUUUACACUUGUUGACAUUUUUAUAGUGUCGAAAUAUAUAUCUUUUUAACUUUUUUAUGUUUGGAUUUAUUAAAUAGUUUUUCGAUAUACAUAUUUGGCAUUUAUUAUCUAUCAACUACCAACAGUAUUAAAAAAGAUGCACUCAUUUUUAAAAACUGGAAAAUUAGGAGAUUUGAAAAAGCCCUCAACUUCAAAGUUAAAGGAAACGAAAUCCGGUCCAACUCCCCCAUGGGUUGAAAAAUAUCGACCCAGAACUGUAGAUGAUGUCGUAGAGCAAGGAGAAGUUGUUGAAGUCCUCCGACAAUGCAUGUCUGGAGGAGAUUUUCCUAAUCUUCUAUUUUAUGGUCCACCUGGUACUGGUAAAACCAGUACAAUUUUAGCAGCUGCUAGGCAAUUAUUUGGAAAUAUUUAUAAAGAUAGAAUUUUAGAGCUGAAUGCAUCAGAUGAAAGAGGUAUUGAUGUGAUCAGAGAUAAGGUUAAGUCUUUUUCUCAAUUAACAGCAUCCAAUACAAGACCAGAUGGCAAACCUUGCCCUUCUUUUAAAAUAGUUAUUCUUGAUGAAGCAGAUAGUAUGACACAUGCUGCACAGUCUGCACUCAGACGUACUAUGGAAAAAGAAUCUCACAGUACGCGAUUUUGUCUUAUAUGUAAUUAUGUGUCAAGAAUUAUUGAACCUUUAACGUCUCGAUGUACUAAGUUUCGAUUCAAGCCACUUGGCCAGGAGAAAAUUAUCGAAAAAUUAGAGUAUAUAGCGAAAGAAGAAAACAUUCAAUGUGAUAAAUAUGUACUAACAAAGUUGGUUGAUGCUUCUGGAGGAGAUUUGCGUAAAGCAAUUACUUCUCUCCAAUCCGUUUCCAGGUUAAAAGGAACAAGCUCCGAAAUCACAACUACUGAUGUCAUUGAAGUUACUGGGGUUGUGCCAGAUGAAUGGUUAAACAAAUUAUUAGAAGUAGGUCAGGGAAAAGAUUUUAGUAAAGUGGAGGAAUUUGUAGAUGAUUUUUUACUGGAGGCUUAUGCAACUUCUCAAAUAAUAGAACAACUAAGUCAUAGAAUCGUAAUGUCAGAUGAUUUAACAGAUAAACAAAAAGCUUAUAUCGGAGAAAAACUCGGAGAGUGUUCCUACAGGUUAUUAGAAGGUGGCAGUGAAUAUAUACAGUUGAUAAACUUAUGCUGCAGUAUUAUGCAGGCCAAUAAAUUACCGUGAUUCUUCACAUGAUUAUUUAUAUUAUAUUUUUCUUACAUGAUCGUUGUAAAAAUAUUAAAUAAGGCCUGUUGCCAAGUACAUCCUA